GUUUCGCGCUACAAGUACCCGGCGCGACACAGUCAGAUAGACGGGAUAGAACAGGCACAAAGUACUAUAAUAACAUUAGAACAGGAGAAGAGAUAUAUUAUAUUCGGUUUCUUCGACCCGCCUCGAGGGAGUUCGCGCCUACAUCGAAUAGUAUACUACGAGACGGCUGCAAUUCUUCCCGAUCAGGAAGGAAGACAAGCGCGGGGCCGCGGAAAAUGGUAUCGCCGCAAGCCGGGGUCUGAGGACCCUAGUCUGCAAAAAAAAGUUCAUCGAGACAACAGCCGUGCAGCAGCAGCAGCCAGUGACCAUUGACCAGAACCCUACAACACACACACACAACCAUGGCCAGAUCAAAGCAAGCAAAGAAGACGGAUACCCCCAAGAAGUCGGAGACCAGUGUCGCCAAAUCGAAACCCGAGGCACCGCUCACCAGCAAGGUUUCCAAUGGCACACCGUACCAACUCGACCCGGCGCAAGUCGAGCGUGCAGCCACUGCACUCAUUGCGCACAUGAAGAAGCAUGCCCAGGAGAAGGAGGAGAAGGCGAGCAAGAAGAACCUUGCAGCCGACGAAGACGAGCCGGAGACGAGCGACGCUGCCAUUUUCCUCAACCUCACCACCAAGCAGCAUGUCAAGGAUAACAACAGACUGAGGCCGAACAAGAUCGCACUUCCCCACACCAUCCAGCCCAGCGAGAUCCGCAUCUGCCUCAUCGUCGCAGAUCCCCAGCGCGAGUACAAGAACAUCGUCGCAGCCGAUGCCUUCCCGGAGGACGUCCGCGCCAAAGUCCACCGAGUAAUCGGCGUCGACAAACUCAAGAAGAAGUACAAGACCUACGAGACACGCCGCCAGCUCCUCGCCGAGUACGACCUCUUCCUCGCGGACGACCGCGUGACCGACAACCUCAGCAAAGUCCUCGGCAGCACAUUCUACAAGGGCAAAGGCAAGCGGCCCGUCCCCGUCACGCUCUCCGUGCAGACCCCCAAAGACAAGGACGGCAAGAGGAAGUACGUCGCGAAGAAACCCGAGGACGUCGCCAAGGAGAUCGAGUCCGCGCUGUCGAGCACGUACGUCCACCUCAGCCCCUCGGCCACCACCUCCAUCCGCGUCGGAAAGCUCUCCCAGCAGCCCCAGCAGAUCCAGGAGAACAUCGAAGCCGCCGUCUCCGCCGUCGUCGCCAAGUUCGUCACCAACGGCUGGCGCAACGUCCGCGCGCUCCACAUCAAGGGCCCGGCCACCAUGGCGCUGCCCAUCUGGCUCGCCGACGAGCUCUGGGCCAACGAGGCGCAGGUGCUCGAGGAGCCGUGGAAGCCCGCGCCCAAGGAGGUCGGCCCCAGCGAGAAGAAGAGGAAGUGGGAUGCGUGGGAGGAAGAGCUGCUCGACGACGACGAGCUCGCCGAGCGCAGGGAACAGUUCGCCGCGGCCAAGAAGUCCAAGGCGAAGGACUCUGCCAAGGACAAGGAGUCCCGCAGCAUCAGCAAGGCGAGCCGGAAGAAGCUGAAGCAGGAUGCGUUGAAGUCGGUCCAGACGCCGUUGAUUGCAUGAUAUCCUCUACCUCCCCCUCCGCUUCCUCCACUACUACUACACAUAGCAGCAUAGUCAUCAUGAGAUUUUAUCACACCACGGCGUUGAGGGACACACCAUUUCUGACGACCUAUUCUUCUUCUCACGGAGUUUCAAACCCUGCUUC